CGGAUGCAAACCUAUUUAUAUUCUCUCCUUAAUUCCCCAUCCCUCUCGUCCGCCUUCGCCUCCUCCUCCUCCCCAUCCCCUCCUCCUUCCCCGACACAGCCCCGCCUCGCCCUUGCCUCCGGCCACCGAAACCCUAACCCUAGGCACCUCCGCCGCCUCCAUGGCGAGCAGCAACGUCUCCACAGUCUACAUCUCCGUCAUCGACGACGUCAUCGCCAAGGUCCGCGAGGAUUUCAUCACCUACGGGGUGGGCGACGCCGUCCUGAACGAGCUCCAGGCCCUCUGGGAGAUGAAGAUGCUGCACUGCGGCGCAAUCUCGGGGAACAUCGACCGCUCCAAGACGACCGCCGCGUCCGCCGGAGGCGCCGCUGGCGCGACCCCACCAGUGCACGACCUCAACGUGCCCUACGAGGCCACAUCCGAGGAGUACGCCACCCCAACCGCCGACAUGCUGUUCCCACCGACGCCGCUGCAGACUCCAAUCCAGACUCCGCUGCCAGGGACGGACGCAGGGAUGUACAACAUACCCACCGGCCCUUCGGACUAUGCACCAUCACCGAUAAGUAAUGUUAGGAAUGGAAUGGCGAUGAAUGGGGUGGAUCCAAAGACUGGCAGCCCAAGCCCCUACAUGCAGCCACCUUCUCCUUGGAUGAAUCAGAGGCCGCUGGGUGUUGAUGUGAAUGUUGCUUACGUGGAGAGCCGUGAGGAUCCGGACAGGGGAGUGGAGCCUCAGCCACUGACUCAGGAUUUCCUGAUGAUGUCUUCUGGAAAGCGCAAGAGGGAUGAGUAUCCUGGUCAGCUCCCUUCUGGUUCUUUUGUACCACAACAAGAUGGAAGUUCUGAUCAGAUUGUAGAAUUUGUUGCGUCAAAGGAGAACGCACACCAACUUUGGAGUUCCAUCAUCAACAAGCAAGAGACAUCAACUAAGACAUCCUCCAUCAAAAAAAGGACAGUCAGUCCAGUUGUUCCACAGCGUGAUGGGAUUCAAGAUGACUAUAAUGAUCAAUUUUUCUUUCCAGGAGUCCCAACUGAAGAUUAUAAUACCCCUGGUGAAUCUGUGGAGUAUCGAGCUCCCACGCCUGCUGUUGAAACGCCAAAACCAAGAAACGAUGUAGGGGAUGAUGAUGAACCUCCGCUUAAUGAAGAUGACGAUGAUGACGACGAGUUAGAUGACCUUGAGCAAGGGGAGGAUGAACCUAACACACAACAUCUUGUACUUGCACAGUUUGACAAAGUGACAAGGACCAAGAAUCGUUGGAAGUGCACUUUGAAGGAUGGAAUCAUGCAUUUGAAUGGUAGAGAUGUUCUAUUUAACAAGGCAACAGGAGAGUUUGAUUUUUGAAUUUUGCGAUGAAGAGGGGCUAUUUUAGAAGCUGCUGUAUGGACAUAUCUUUGUCUUCGACAUAAGAACGGGGAGGUGGCGAAGUGUUAUGGUGUGAUGGGGUCUAGGCAGUAUGGCUCUGUCGUGUUUUCUUGAUGCUUAGCUUCCCCAGUUUGGUUUGUCACCGCAACUGUCGUCGCGCUGUAAAAAUGUUACUGUUGGGGCUGCUGUAGACAUUUCACUGGGAUGGUCUCUUAAAGCUGGUGGGGAUUUAUGCUAGAUAUUUUUCCUGUAAGACUGUUGUGCCGCUCUAGCACGUCGAGCUCUGAUUGCGCUCGUGUACACACUCGUCCGUAUGUUCUCAUCCAUACAAAAACGCUGGCAGAGAGAGCGAUACCUGCGGUCGU